AUAGUCCCCUCCGAAAAACGUCGUGUCGCUGCAGUCAUAAACAAAACAAACAAUCAGCAACGUUCGAACGUGAUACUAUUUGAGAUCACGCGAGUCAGCGACGAACAGGACAGGUGUUGUGUAGCCGCUGAUCAAACAGAUCGCAACGUCAUUAUAUACGUAUAUGGGACAUCGCGUGGUCUGUUCCGCAGGUGUGUUCCCGGUCACCGCAUGGCCACUGCGCGAUAUUCGAAGUGACGCUGUCGUCGUCGCCCGCCGGCUUCGGAACCCGUUCUUCCUGCCCGCCGCGAUCAGCAGUUCCGGAACAUCCGCGUGCGCCGUUGUCGUCGUCGCGAUCGUGCAAAUCGUCGGCUCGCAUUGCCGACCGCCGACGCACCACACGAUGACAACUGGAAGAUCCGAUGACGUUUGUAUGUAUGGAUCGCCGACAUUUUUGGCGUCUUAUCUCGUCGACACGCCGAGUGCAGUUGUUCGAGUUCAUAUAUUAUAGAAAUCGUGUCGAUGGCUGUCCUCCGCCAAUGACAUCGCGUGUUGCCAACUCGAAACUCGAAAGUGCGUAAGAGGUCGAAAAAUGUACAAAACAGUGUACCGCGUCGAAGUCCUGUAGAGAAUAUAAUAUUUUAAAUAAGUAAAAAUAAUAUGGGUCUGGAAAAUCAAGUGGCUUUGGUGACUGGCGCAACAUCAGAGAUUGGGUACGCUUACGUAAAGUGUUUACUUCAGAACAAAGUUAAGGUAUUACUCUGUGAUGUUAAUGUCAACGAAUGUCAAAUUAUUUCACGUAAGUUCCUAAAAGAGUUUCAAAAUAUCAAUAUAUUCUCGACAAAAUGUGAUGUUACUAAUGAAGAGGAAUUUGAAAAUGCUUUUAAAACAUGUAUCAAGCAUUUUGGUCGAUUGGACAUUGUUAUUAAUAAUGCUGGCGUUUUCGACAAUUCAAUUGAACAACGAUGGUCUGCUACAGUCAAUAUUAAUUACGGCGGAGUCGUCAGAGGUACAUUAUUAGCGAUCAAGUACAUGGGAAUUCCCAACGGAGGUAGUGGCGGAACAGUAAUACAGACUUCUUCCUUGAUGGUUUUCAGUGACAGUUAUCAUUGUAGUCCUAUGUACUUGUCUACGAAAAAAUAUAUGAUGGAAUUUACGAAAAGUUUUGGAAAAAAACAUCAUUUCAGUCUUCAUGGUGUAAGAAUAAUUACAUUGUGCCCGGAAUUUAUUGCUACUAAUUGUGCAAGUCUGGUCUGUAAAAAUGAAACGAUGCCCAAAAAUGAAGAAUGUGUCGAGGAGUUUGAAGAUUCAAAAAGUAAUCAACAGAAUAUGAAAACACAAAAGUCAGAUAACAUCGGGAAUGCUUUGAUUACAAUUUUGGAACAUGGGAAAACUGGAGAGACUUGGAUUGUCGAAAAUAACAAACCACCACGACUAAUUGAAUAUUAAGUGUGAUUGUAUUUAUUGUCUCAGUAAAAAAAAAAACCAUUAUUGUAAGUCUUUUAAUUUAAGUCGGUACUCUUUAUUUUUAUUUUAUUAUUGAGGUAAAAGAAAUUCAAAUAAAAACUGCAGUGUAAAAUGUAAAAUGUAAA